AUGUCCUACUCCAGCGAGUCGUGCGGCGUCAGCUGCCCCCAGCCCAUCGCCGAGAGCUCCAACGAGCCGUGUGUGCAGCAGUGCCCCGAGUCCAGAGCCCUGAUCCUGCCCCCGCCGGUGGUGGUGACCAUCCCGGGCCCCGUGCUCAGCACCUUCCCUCAGGAGAGCGUUGUGGGAUCGUCGGGCCCAGCCUGGCCGAGGCGUUCCUUCAGUUCGCGCAGCUCCCAGGGCUAUGAGGGCUCCUUUGGGCUGGGAGGAUCUGGGGGUUAUGGGGGCCCGCUGGCCUUGGGGGGCUCCUCUGGCUAUGGGGGCUCCUUUGGGUCUGGAGGUUAUGGGGGCUCCCUGGGCUAUGGGGGCUCCUCUGGCUAUGGGGGCUCCUUUGGGACUGGAGGUUAUGGGGGCUCCCAGGGCAAUUGGGGCUCCUUUGGCUGUGGGGGCUAUGGGGGCUCCCAGGGCUAUGGGGACUCCCUCGGAUAUGGGGACUCCCUUGGCUACGGCCGUUCCCUGGGUUAUGGGGGUGACACUGGCUAUGGGGGCUCCCUGGGGAGCUAUGGGGGCUCCCUGGGGGGCUAUGGGGGCUCCUUUGGCAAUUGCGGGAGGUCCUACAGCUCCGGCUUCUCCUCACGGGGCCUGGGCUAUUCCCUGCCUGGCUCCCAGAGAUGGGGCAGGUCCCGCCGCGGGAGCUGUGGGGUUUUCUAA